AAUUUCAAAAACAAAACAAACGUUCUCGGAGUUGUGUGGAACUGCGGCAAACUGUCAGCGUAGAAACUAGCAACAAAAAAUGGAAGAUUCUCGUUACCUCAUGAAUCAGACGGAGCUUAUAGCUACGCACCAAGACGAACUGAAACAGGAACUGCUAAAGUAUUACCGUACAUCGCUUAUUAUCAGCUUGCUGAAACAAUCCGAUGCUCCCAUAUCAAUCGAAAGCCGGGCGCUACUGUCAAUGUACAAACAUGACGGAGAUCUGCCUUUGGGGCUAGAUCACAUACGUAACGUUGAUAUUAGCUACCAUGAGCGGAUAUCUAUUGGCAAGUUCGUUGAAGGCAAGAUAACCGAGCAAGUGCGACCAUUCGUGGAGAAAGCAAAGCGCUUCAGCGGUGGUGGUGAUCUAGCGGAACUGUCUGCAACGCAGUUCCGGGAACAGUACAACAAUCUUCAGCUCGAUCAAGAACGGCAGGAACUGACGGAGAAGCUGGCACAGUUGAAAGUGCGUAAAUUGCAGCUCAUGAAAGCUUGUGCCGAUAUCCGCACCGGACCAUACCAACGUAACAACGUCGAACUGAAGCACGCCGAGGCACGUUCCAUGCAGCUUAAAACCGAAUUACUACACAAGUUAAUAGCGAAUGAGAUUACGAACUGCACGCCACAUGCCGUCAAAGCAAUCAAGGAGGUAGCGGCCAACGUCAACACUUUGCUAGGUAAUAAUAGUAAAUAAGGCUGUGGUUUUUCUGAUUAUUAUAAUAAAUGCAUUUAAAUUUGAAAGCACAUUAGUUGCAGA